AUGCGGCUUGGCCAUUCGUCAGGCAUGGCCGGCUAUUGCCUGCAUCGAACGGCCUCUUGGCGUGCAAAAUAUUCUUCACAUGCUAAAUCACCUUCUGAAUUCUCGUUGGAUGUGCUGAUGCGUGAUAUUGACAUCUUUGGUGAUGACAACUACGGUCUGCAAGGCAGGAUCUCCAACUAUCUCUCGUGGAUGCAAACAUCGGGAUAUGACCGCAAAUCUGAAGACACCAGGCAGGCCAAUUUUACAGAAAAUUCACAAGACAUUCAGAAAUCCGAUCCUCUUUCUUUGCUACGGGGAAAUAUGCCCCUCCGAUAUCAAAUCCAUGGAUUUCUAAACGCCGUUACGGCCCAGCAAAUCACAUUCGACCGGCUUGAUGCCGUUCAGAUUCUUGCCUAUUUGCUUGCAUAUGACGACUCAUUUUCUGUCGGGGAACGGCUUAUUCGCAUCGUCCGCUCUCACGAGCAGCUGACUCGGAGUAUGCAUCUCUUUUCGCUGGAAGAAAAAAACGCCAUCAUCUAUAGAAUGCUGCAACUCUCCACACAGGUCUUCCAUAUUGGUGUUCUCGCCUCUUUAGUGGAGCAUUUCUUCCAGUGCAAGGAAAACAGAAAAGCACUCAAUUUGAAUGUAAAGUCCAUUGAAUACCAACAUCUCUCCAUGGCGCGCUCCAUCUUACACCUGAUGGCAAUCAAGGGAGCACGCCUAGAUUUUCGAAUCUUAAAGCUGCUACUAAGAGCAUAUCGCAACCAUCUGGCUACUUACCUGCGUAGUGACCAUGGUAGCCGCCAAAAAAUUAUCGUCAUCCCCAUUACCGAGUUCAUUGUAGGACUUGAGGCGGCCCUUGGAGCACCCCACGGCUUAAGUGCCCCCACAUCUGGUGCUAUAAGUGCUUCAGCAUCUUUUAGAACUUUGGAAUCGGUCGAUGUUCCUUGUUUGGUUCUCGAAAUCUUUGUGCUGCAGUUACACCUGAGGUUAUCAAGCCUUGCCGAUGGAAUUUCAGACUCUAACCGCCUUUUCUAUGACGAGAUCUCCAGUCGUAUCCGACGUAAAUCUUGUGUAUUUGAGCAUCUACGCUCGCGUCUUUGUGUACAAGCGCCACAGAUUCUUUUUGAGCUCGAUCCCUCCUUUGAUCGGCAGCAAGCCUUUCUCUACCACCGUGCACUAGAGUUUUCCACCGGAACUGUUCCUUUUCGGUCUUGGAUGGUCUUUUUGCAUAAAAAACAUGAUGCCAAUUUUAGAGCAAAAGAUGGGCAUUCCGAUGAUGUCAGUGUCGAUGGCACCACUACGUGCGAACAUAUUCUUGCAUGCAGUCGGUUGGGCUUUCGUGCGUUGUCGGAAAUUUCAGACUCUGAAGUUCGAGAGCUUAUUUUUCUUGUUCUCGGGCCCAAGAUUAGACCCCCCUCUUCAUCAGCCAUGGCAGUUUAUCCACUUCUUGAUAUUUUGUGGACCAAGGACACCCUAGUUCCUUUAGCGCAGUCUCUUAUGAAUGCCAUUGCUGGAGAUGUACGUAAGUCUGAUACACAGCUGCGGGCCCUGCGUGGCUGGCUUGUUUUGAAGGUCUUGCAGUUUUCUUUGGAAACGCUUACCAAUUCAGGACCAAAUGCAAGGUAUCGCCAAAAAUCAGCCCAGUCAUCGAUAGAACCUUCUGUGAUGUUAACGGGCCCUUCUAGCUCUGGAAGUAAACUAGAUGUCCUGGUAACGUGGUUUAGGCGAUCCUCGUUGUACGAGGGUCCUGUGAGUUCCAUACCACGCCUUCAGACGGAAAAAUUUGCUGUCGAUAAGUUCAUCUUUUCUCUUUUCACAAUUGGCGGGACUUAUCUCUCGUUCGUCUCGUCAAUUCUCAAUCUUUCAAUGGCAAAGUCGAUGCGGUCAUCGGCAAACUUUCUUUAUCUACUCGACGCACAUGCAUGGAUAGCAACCAUAUCGCUGUUGUGGGAACGGAAAAGAUACAAUCCAAUCGUGGACUUUUAUCGGCUAUUUAUUGAAACAGACAACAACAACAACAGCGCGUUUUGGCUGCCUCAAGGGGGAAAGUAUCUCGCUAGAGAGCACCUCUCAGAGGCUGAGAUAACGGAAAUUGAGGAUGGCCCAUCCACGGCAUUUUCGCACAAUGGAGUCCGUGAUGUUAAUGCUAGACCUAGUGUAUUAUUUGAUGAUCUUUUUCUUGAUCCUCUGAUAAAAGCCCAUGAAGAGGAGGGAGACCCCUGCGAGCAUUUGGUCGCCGUUGAUAACAUGUCGGGCCAAACCAUUGAUAGUUCGCAGUGGAUCCUUUCCAGAUCAUACAGGAUACACCAUGUGAUGCGGUUGUUGGACAUCCUCAUCAUGGCAAUGGUUAUAAAGAGCGAAUGGCAGCUGCUUUUGGGGUUGCUCUAUCGCAUUAAAGAGACCCUCCCUAGGGCCAUUCCAGUCUCAAAAAUCGUAAACAGACUACGAAGCCACAUCCCAUUUAUUUUGCAAAAUCUUUGUGGCGGCUUCAUCCUCAACGACCAGAGCCAUCUGGAAACAAGGCACCCAAAAGACAGGGAUUUUCAAGCAAAGCCUGAGCGUACGAAAUACAAUCCGAAUAGGACAGUCCAUCUACAGGGGGAGUAUGGCACGAGAAUCGAGUUUUUUCCAAGGGAGCAGCCGCAAUUCCCACACAGACCUUAUCUCGUCGUGCAGAUUGAGCAAACCCGAGUGCCAUGCACACUCCCAUGCCUUCCCGAUCAUAUGAGCAUGUCGCAAUUUGGAAACCUGUUGCCGCUGAUCCAAUGGGGCCCCUACAAACGGAGCCGCCAAUUUGAUCCCGGAUCGCUGGCCACACGAAUACCCGAGUAUGUAAAGGAUGUGGGGGCGUUGAGAUCAUAUUUGAAAUCCGACACAACGGUCUUUUCGGCCGACGAAAUCCAAGCAUUGCGAUUGGUGUUGUUUACUGUCCAUAUCAAACCCGGGUCCACAGACCAUAAUAGAAAUGGUGCUGAUGGGAUCAAUCUUCUAGAUCACGAUGGCAAUAGGGUGAAGGAGCGUAUAUUUAGGUGGCAACGAUAA